ACCUAAUUGCGAGCUACAAAUGCCAAAGUUUGUUUAUGCAACAAAUAUUUUUGUUUUAAUUUCUAAUUGUUGAUUGUUGUUCCUGUUCUUUUGUUAUUAGUUUAGAAUUAUUUUAUAAUGAUGACCGAGUUUCCUUCUGAUAUUAUUCUUAAAAACGAAUCUUUUCCAAAUGAAAGUAACAGCCUAGACUGGCGAUAUGAUGAUCCCAUGCAAAUUUUAAAGAAGUGCGGAGAAAUAGUUUUAAUUGCUAAUAAUAAAUUUUGGAUUGUGUGCACAUUUUGCGAUGAACGUUUUCAUAGUAUUCUAAUCUUUCAAAACCACAUUAAAGGAAUACACAUUAGAGAUGAUGAAAUUGUUCCAUAUUCAAAAAUUGAAAACCCUUUGGAUGUCAAUCCAGACGAAGAAUCCCACAUAAUUAAACAAGAGACAAACCAAAGUAAUGACUUCAAUGGCAGAAUUGAUGAGCCAAAUGUCAAUAGGGACAAAAUCGAGGAAUUCAAUUUUGAUGAACGAGAAGAAGAUCUAGCACCAAUAAGUAUUGAAAACGAGAGGCAUAACAAAGAUGACCAAUCAGACACAGAAGAAACCCACGAGAUAGACAGUCAGUCUGCUAUUGAAAACGAGAAUUUCGCUGAGAAAUCACUUAAUUCUCCGAUUUGCAAAGACAUUACAGAUCCACUUCUAACAAAGGAAAUUCCGAAAAAGAGGAAUCGCAAAAAAAAAGUCUACUCAUGUCCUACUUGCCAGCACAUAGCCCGUGAUAAGAAAACACUAGAAGCUCAUCUACAAUCAAACCAUGGAACUGGAACUCGACAUCAAUGCGAAGAAUGUGGCAAGUGUUUUAGAAACUCAAAUAAUCUCAAGUGUCAUUUAUUCAUACAUUCUGGAAUUCGGCCAUACAAAUGUGAAGACUGUGAUGCAGAUUUUUCUCAUUAUAACAGUCUUAAAAUGCAUCGUUACUUGCACACUGGUGAGCGGCCUCACAAGUGUAAUGUAUGUGGGAAAGGAUUUGUUUCAAGCAGCGGACUGAAAACUCAUUUUCGUGAACACACCGGGGAAACACCUUACGUUUGUGAAUUUUGUGAGAGAGCCUUCGCUAGUAAAUGUUCAUUUAAAAGGCAUAUGAUAAGUCACUCUGGGCGACGAGCUUACGAGUGUCAGGAAUGCAAGAAGGCAUUUUUCCAUAAGGAAACCCUCACCAAACACAUGGUGUGCCAUACAAAUGAUAAAAAAUUUGCAUGUGAUAUUUGUUCAAAGAAAUUUAAUCACAAAAAGAAUUUAGUGCAGCACCAAAAAUUACAUUCAAAUAUAAAACAGUAUAUUUGUAAGAUAUGCAGCAAGGAGUUUGCCCAGUAUGCGGGUUUAUAUUCACAUAUGAAGUAUCACAAAGAUAUAUAGUGAAAUGGUAUCUAGCUUUAAUAUUUUUUAUGGUUCCAAUAAAAUUGAUUUUUAAUUUAAAAAAUUGAUUUUGCUUUCAUUUUUGAAGGAAAAACAUAUCAAAAUAGAAGUUUCCCUAUGUGAAGGAUUAUAAGAAAUUGUUUGAAUUUGUAAUUUUUCCCAGGCACUCAGA